AUGCCGGACUUGCGGUCGUUGGCCCUGGGUGGGCUGGUCAUCCUCCUCAUCAAGAUCUUGCAGUCCCUCCUUUUCAAGAGAAGGAGGUCGAUGUUCUCCUUGGACUCGGUCCGACCUCCGGCCCCUCACGUGGCCGACCGGAAACUCCGAGCUAAAGUCCUCAAGCAAAGUUUCUCUCCGGAAAAGGUACCUCAUGGCCUCGACGCGAUCGUGAUCGGCAGCGGGAUCGGGGGAUUAUCCGCAGCCGCUCUCCUCGCCAAGGCCGGGAAGAAAGUCCUCGUCCUCGAACAAAAUGACCAGGCUGGUGGGUGCUGCCAUACUUUCAUCGAGAAGGGCUAUGAGUUUGAUGUGGGAAUUCAUUCUGUGGGUGAAUUUGGGAGAACGGGACUCAGUCGCACUCUGCUCGACCAGCUCACUGAUGGUCAGCUGGAAUUCGUCCCCAUAGACCCAGUGUACGAUGUGCUGAAGCUGCGGUACCUGUCUGAGAAGAGUGCAUCUUAUGACUUCUGCUCCCCUAAGGAAAGGUGGAUCAGCACCCUGAAGAAACAAUUUCCAGGGGAAGAGGAAGCCGUUGACAAAUUCAUCAGGUACAUAGAAGAGAGCACGAGUUUCAUUUUCGUUUUUGGCGUGGUGAAGUUCCUUCCUCUCUGGCUCUCAAAAUUGGUCAUCAAGUUGGGCAUCAUCGAUUGGUUCACUCCUUACAGCAAAUGGGCUUCACGAUCUGCUCAGAGUGUCGUUGAGGAACUCACAGACAAUGAAGAUCUAAGGACUGCCUUUACCUACUUAUGGGCGAUCGCCGGAGUUAUCCCUAGUGACGUUAGCUUCAACGUUAUGGCCCUUCUUCAUCAUCAUUAUUAUGGAGGGUCCUACUACCCUCGAGGAGGAGCAUCAGAGAUCCCGUUCCACAUCAUCCCUGUGAUAGAGAAGUCGGGAGGGAAGGUCCUGGUGAAUGCCAACGUUAAGAAGAUCGUCUUAGACGAAUCAGCGUCCAGAGCAGUGGGUGUGGUUGUGGAGAAAGACUCCAAAUCCUUCAAAAUCGCUGCUCCCAUUAUCAUCUCCAACGCAAAUGUGACGGUGACCCUAACCAAGCUCUUGCCGGAAAAAGUUGGAAAGCGUGCCAUCCAGUACCCAGUGCUGUCUAGAGUGAGACCGAGCGUUCCCUGCAUGGAAAUCUUUCUUGGCCUCAAUGCAUCCAACGAGGAGCUCAAAUUGUCUGCACAAAAUUAUACCUGUGUCAUGGACAAUAACAUCGAGGAGCUUUAUCGCAAGUACAGACGGAUGCCCAUCGAGGAAGCCCUGAAUGCUGAACCACCUGUCAUCUACCUGGCCUUCCCCUCUGCUAAGGACCCUACUCAUGACCAGAGACAUCCAGGGAAGGCAACAUGCACCAUAAUCGGUCCCGCCGAAUACGAAUGGUUUCGCCCAUGGGAAAACGAGAGCUUUUUACAUCGAAAUGACCGUUACGAGGAAAUCAAGAAGACAAUCGGCCACCGACUCAUCGAGCAAGCAUGCAAACUGUUCCCGCAGAUUCGGGACAAGAUCGACCUCGUUGUGAUUAGAUCCCCCCUGAGCCACAACCAUUACCUGGGUAGAACGACAGGAGACAUCUACGGGUUAUAUGGCGACAUAGAACGAUUCAAACUCGAGACUCAAGCACUUCUCCGUCCCGAGACCGGUAUCGAAGGACUGUUCCUGUCGGGACAGGACGUGAUGACCUCCAGCCUGCUGGGAGCGGCGAUCGGAGGAGUCUUCUGCGCGUCCAAGAUCCUUAACCGCAACCUCAUGAAUGAGCUCAACGGACUCAUGAAGGAGGCGGAGAAGCGAGAGAAUCGUUCAAGUCCUGCACGACGGAUGCCCAUCGAGGAAGCCCUGAAUGCUGAACCACCUGUCAUCUACCUGGCCUUCCCCUCUGCUAAGGACCCUACUCAUGACCAGAGACAUCCAGGGAAGGCAACAUGCACCAUCAUCGGUCCCGCCGAAUACGAAUGGUUUCGUCCAUGGGAAAACGAGAGCUUUUUACAUCGAAAUGACCGUUACGAGGAAAUCAAGAAGACAAUCGGCCACCGACUCAUCGAGCAAGCAUGCAAACUGUUCCCGCAGAUUCGGGACAAUAUCGACCUCGUUGUCAUUAGAUCCCCCCUGAGCCACAACCAUUACCUGGGUAGAACGACAGGAGACAUCUACGGGUUAUAUGGCGACAUAGAACGAUUCAAACUCGAGACUCAAGCACUUCUCCGUCCAGAGACCGGUAUCGAAGGACUGUUCCUGUCGGGACAGGACGUGAUGACCUCCAGCCUGCUGGGAGCGGCCAUCGGAGGAGUCUUCUGCGCGUCCAAGAUCCUUAAUCGCAACCACAUGAGUGAGCUCGACGGACUCAUGAAGGAGGCGGAGAAGCGAGAGAAUCGCACAUGGCCUUCUCCGGCACGGUGA